GCCGCGCAGCCUGCAUUCGCUCCGUAAGACGCACACACAUUUCCCCUUACUUUUUAGGAGGGGGAAAGUGAGUCUUACAGAGCAAAAAAUACGGUACUUGUAUCUCGCAUAACUCCAAAUGCUGGGGUGAAAACUGGUGGAGAUUCUAUAUCUUUCACACAGUACAACCCCCCCCCAAACAUGUUUAAAUCAUGUAUGGCCAUGAACACACAUGCAGGGACGAGAGGGGGCGGAACGCAAUGUUAAAUCAGACGGGAUGAGAACUUCGGCCAUUGUCUAAUUCUACCCCAGCUCCUCAAGCCUUUCGAUCUGCACCCUUAUCUGCCCCCUGCCUUUUUAAAAAAAUAAUAUUUCUGGUUUCUAUUCCUUAUUUAACUGCUGGAGAAAAGCUGCCUCUGCCUUUGCUCCUUCCGAGAGCUCCAGGGAGGCCUUGGCUGUCUCUGAGGGGAAGAGAGAAGCAGAGGAGUCUGGCCUUCGUACCACAUUCACUCCUGGGGGGCUCAUUGCAAGAGCCAGUUGCCUUCCUGCAAGGCCUACCUAGAAGGGUGGUUUUUUAAAUAUAUAAAAUAAAUAAAUCAUCCGUAGGCCGCUCUGUUUUCUUGGGAGAGAAAAUGAACUGGGUUGGUGGCUCUCGGUGAGUGCAGCCAAAAGGGCCUCAUAACUGCUUGCAGCAGAAAGGAAGGCCUCUGACCUCAGGCAAAGGUUUUGUGACAAGAAUUGCUGAGAGACAGCUGGGAGCAUAUGAAGUUCCUCAAAUGCAGAUUUGCAAAUGUCGAUUUCCUUAAAUCAUUAUGUUACGCUUCCUCAAAUGUAGGUUUAGGUUUCUUUCAGGCGUUACAUUACACUUACUGUGGUUCUGAGGGCUAUAGGGCCACCAAAGCAGUACCACAAUAGAUAAACAAUGAAGCUUUUAUUUUUAUGAAGCUUUUAUUUUUAUUUUUGCAAGGGGAGGGCUUUGAAUUUUUGCCUGCUGUUGGGGGAGAAGAUGGCAGCCAUGUUGGAACUGAUCUGUGCAGCUCAGGUGCAAAAGGACAGCAUCGCUCCCUAUUCAUUAGAACACUUGAUUUUUAAAAGUGCUUUCCAAUGAGCGUUGCGUUUGCCAGUUCAAAAAGUUGUACUGUUUAGAAUUCACAAUCGGGCAUUUGAGGAUGACAGAAGCGGAUGUGCCGAAGAUGGCAAAUUAAUUCCAUGACCCAAUUUUCCCAGAACCUCCAUGUUUGUGGUCCUAGAACCACACAGGCCUUGACUAAGGCCUAGUUUUCAUUCAGGUGAUAAAAGCUGCCUCAGGGCUUCACCGCUUCAGGUCAAGGCUCACAUGACUGAGGGUCAAGAGAGAGAGAGAUAAAGAGUAAUAUUAUAAUUGUGGUAGAAGUUUUUGCUACAAACAUAUUCCUGCAAUGUCGGGGGUUGGGCUAGAUGACCCGCAGGGUCCCUUCCAAUUCUUCUGUGAUUCUAUGUAGAGGCAUCUGUAUUCUGGGAAUAGGUAAUAAUUACUAUUUUCACCACACUUCAACCAUGCGGUAGGCUGCCCUCCACAUAUAACUUCACACACCAAUGCACUUUUUUGUUGUAAGAAGACCCCACGCUUCUUUAUACGUGCACUGGAAAGACUCAAAGUAUAAACAUGUUUGACUUUCUUAUGUUUGGAAUGUUUCUCCAAAUAUACAUUCCUUCCACAUCCAAGACUGGAUAUUGGGAAGAAGACCCUUGUCACGUUGAUUUUUCAUGUCAGGGAUUAAAAAAAAAAAUUAAGGAGAAUUAUUGACUCAGAUGAGGCCCUAGGAUUAGACAAAUCCACAGAGGAUAAGCAAUGGCUAUGUUCUGCCUCCACUGUUGGAAUGUCAAGUUGCUGGGAAUCACAAGUAGGCAGAGCACUGUUGUGCUCAAGUCCUUUGAUCAAAAUGUAGAAUUUAAGGAUUUAUCUUUAUUUUAUUUGUAUUCCCUCCAGUGGAGAGAAGUCUAUUACUGGCUAGUUGGCUUUAAAACUUUGAAUUAACAGGCAUUUAAGAACUGAAGCAUUCCAUUGAUUAGUGCAGAUUAGCUUUAGCUGAUGACCUGGUAAAUAGAAGAGUAUUAAACAUGCAGUAUGUAAAUGUCUCCUAAAUGUCUGCAAUUGUUUAUUAUUUCUGUAUAUUACUAAUGUCAUUACAAAUUCAUGUUUCUUUUAAAUCUUUCAAGUAAAAGAAUCAUGCUCACCAAGGAGAAAAGAAAGCAGAAGGUAAGGAGGAAUUACACUGAAUUAAGAGCAAAUGUGAUUUCUGCUUGCCAGAAAUCAACAGCAGAGAAGAGAGUAUUUGCAUCAUUGAAGUCUGGAAACAGAUUAAUUUUUCCAGAGAGGUAGAUGUGAUAUUAUGAAGCCAUUCACGGGGUUCAAACACUCCAAUUUUUCUGCUUGUAGACAGAAAUGUCCCGUGAUUGGAAAUGAGGAAUUAAAAACCCAUGCAAGUCAGCCAUUCCCAAAUCACGUUUUUUCAGUUCAUAUUGUCAGUGUCCUUUUCAAGGUUCUACUUUCAGGCUGAAUUCUUUCACAACUGCUAACUCUUCUCUUUUGCUGCCAAUGGCACUAGCUGUUUUGAGGAUCUUGAUGGAAUGAUCGAGGGAAAGUUCCUUUUUUUUAAAGGCAGUUUGUAAUUGUUUGCCACCUUGAGCCUCGAGGUGGGAUAUAUGUAUGACUAAGGGCCUGUUUCUUUAGCAAGGAAGUGUACAUUGUUAUGACAUUUUUUCUGUCAUUCUUAAUUUAAUAGGACUUUUUCGAAAAAGAAAAGCUUAAAUCAAAGAUGAAGCUGUUGGGAAUUUCUCCCCUUAAAAGCUCAGCUGUCAGCUUAGAUCUCCUCAAUCUGUGUGUUGUUAAUCAGAUAUCUACCAAGAAAGAUUGUUCUGGUGAGUUUAACUGCAAAUUUAUUUGUCAAAGUUUUACCAUUAAAAGCAUGACCACAGGAAAAAUGUGGCAAAGUUCUCCAACAUUCACUCCAUCAAAUUUACUCCUACUUCAUCAAAUCUGAACCACAACCUUUUUGUGUUCAUUGAAUGUCUUGCUAACUAAAAAUGAAAACAUAAUGCUGAAAAAGUUGUAACCUACAAUGAACAUAUCAACAAUAAUGAAUACUGUAUAGCACUGUUUAAAAAGUGUUUUGGUCCUGCACUCUUACCAAAACAUUGGAUGUCCCUCUUUAAUUCACUCAAAGGACUGUUAAUCUUUUGAGUACUUUCAUUACAGAAAAUGUUCGAAAAGCAGUUCAUGUGGAUAUUAACAGAGGAGUAAAAUUCCCGCUGAGAAGGCACAAUGUAGAAUUUCCCGAGUCACCACAACGUAGACAGUCCAAACCAUACCAAGAUGACACUGAGCACAGGUACAUCCCAAUAUAAUUUUCUGAAUUGUAAUAUUUUGAUUCAUUAUAUCUGUCUACCUACCGACGUACCUACCUACCUAUCAUAGACUACAUUGGCAAGCAGGUGCAGCUAUGUGAAGAGUUAUAGGUUCUAGCUGAAAUGAAGACAUCCCAGGCAAAUGUUUUAAUAAUCACUGCACAUCACAGAUUCCUAGCUCUUUUUCUUAUAUAUGCCACAACCUCUCUCACAUUAAAGUGAAAAUGUAAGUAGCCUGUAAGAAUGCUAUGGAAUUUUCUGAUCCCUUAUGAAAAUCAGUAGCCAUGAGAUGCUACCGUUUCUUUCUGAAGUCAGAGGAUCCCAACAAGACAAGCUGAGAAAAGUUUUAACAUUAUGAAAGAAUGGUGACGUUGACAGUGGUUGCAUACAGCUUGAGUUCCUGCUUUAAACUGAUUAAUAGAUCUUCCUGUUGGUAUAAAACUGUGUGAAUUUUUUUACAUUUAAAAGAGGUGUUCCAUGUAGAGAGGUGUUUGGGAGCCCUCUUUAGUGCCACUAGUAAAGCUAUUAGGCUCAGAAUCAACAUUAUUUAUUCAAAUAAUAAAACAUGACUUAUUUAUUUGGGCUCUGCAUAAUAAAGUGACACACCUCAUUAUCUUUUGCUUGGCUUGGCCUUUUGGUGUUAUAAUUACUUUCCUUUGUUCUCCAUUUGACAAAGUGGGACAUGAAAGUUUAUGCCACAAUAUACAAGUUAGCUUUGACUCAAGGUCCUUGAGGAGACCACAGCCUCCUUUCGCUGCUAUACACCUGAAGUUUGUCUCUAAGGCAAUGAGUAGACAGGCAUAGGUUUACAUUGUAAGAGUUUUAAUUUUGCCCGAGUCAGCGUCAAGAAAACCUAAGAAUACCAAAUGCCCUCUACUUAGUCUGAUAAAGAUGCAAAUCUCAGUACCUCUGAAAAUAUGCAAAAUUUUCCAUAAACAAUAACACCUUGGAGGUCCCAGGCCUCAAGGAGGUUAGACUGGCCUCAACCAGAGCCAGGGCCUUUUCAGCUCUGGCCCCGGCCUGGUGGAACGCUCUGUCGCAAGAGACCAGGGCCCUGCAGGAUUUGACAUCUUUCCGCAGAGCCUGCAAGAUGGAGCUGAUCCACCAGGCCUUUGGCUGGGGUCCAGUCUGACUCCUCCUUCUUCUUUUUAUAAGACCCUGUAUGUAAGUGGCCUCCCUAGCCCUUUCCACUGGCUCAUAUAAGACGAGCACAAACAUUUGGGCCUAGUGAGCACACAAUACUCCCAACCCCUAUAGUUAUAAUCCGUGGGUUGACAUCUGAUUUUAUUCUGCUCCUUGAUUUUUAGCUGUAUUUUAAUCGAUUGUUUGAUUUAUGUUUUUAAUGUAUCAUAUACUGUAAUUUGAUGUUAGCUGCCCUGAGCCUGGUCCUGGCCAUGGAGGACAGGGUAUAAAUAAAUUAUUAUUAUUAUUAUUAUUAUUAUUAUUAUUAAAUUUCCUUGUCAUAAUAGGAUACAACAGGAGGUAUUAGAAAACAGAAGAAAAUAUCUAUCUGAAAAGCAGAACAUUCAGUCCCAAGUAAGCUAUGCUUAUACCAUGCCUACCAAGCUUUUUCUGUUACACUCAGUUGUGUCACUGUUGGCUCAAUGUUAGUUGCAGCAUAAUAUUUUGCAUCCCCCAAAUGGCUCUUGCUACAAUUCCUGUGAGAUCUUGUACAAUAAAAGUUUGUGCCCUAGUGAUUUACAUUUAUUGCAUAGUUUUGGUUAAUAGUUGCCUUUCCCAAUAUAGUGUUAGUGGUGGCAUAUAAACCCAUAAUCCUCAAAAUACUAUUUUAAAAUAAGAUUCAUAAGCAUAAGUAAAUCAGUGUACGCUAGUAGAAAGUCUCAAGGUUCAUUUGAUUGUCUAUCAGGGGGGAAAAAAACAGAUUUCCCAGGGUUUUAGAAGUUAAGCAAGUGUCCAAGGACAUACUGCAUCUGCUACAAAGUGUUCUUAUAAUCUGUUGACAGUGCCUACAGUCUUCUCAGCCAGCAAAUACUAUGUGUGAAGAACCUUGGUUUUCAAAGGCUGCCUGCAGGCAAAGGAAUUUCAGUAACCCAGAUGUAGACACAGCUUCUGGUCUAUAUUUCCAGCAGUUGAAUAGGUAGGGACAGGCUUUAUAUUGCAAAUAAAAUAUAAUGCAGAGUGGAUUUUUAUCCACUUAAAAAUAUAAUGGCUUCUGAAGUGCAUAAUUAUAUUACUUUUUGUGUUUUCUGCAUCUUGAAGAUAAAACUUGUGCUAAGAUAUUACUGUACUGGACUUCCCGUGCUUUUUGUUUUUCAUAUACAGAGAAUUCAGUUCUUUGUUGUUUUGAGAAUUCAGAUUCUAGAGUUGUUUUCACAACAUAUAUUGUGGUAUUGCUGGAGCUUUGUGCAGACAUUGGAGACUAGGCAUGGUGAGCAUAUCAGAAUCACGUUUCCCCUCGCACACAACUCCAGUCCUAGCAUCACAUGAUGGAUUGUCAUAUUUACAGAGGGGCCUACGCUCAUAGAGCCCAUUGCCUGGAGGGUGCAGCUGCCCAAUCUAUACAUUCUAAUUUUGUCAUGUACAGAUUGCAUGGCUGAAGCCUUGACAUUUCUGACUACAAACUUAGGCCCAUAUGCAAAAGGAUGAUCCAAUAUAAGAUCAUUACAACGUGGUGUUACAACAUCAGAUAAGCAACCAAACAUCACAAUUGUGAUCCCUGCACCAUGCAUAUCAAACAUCUACAUGACACUUCGGUUUAAUGUAAAUAGUCUUCUUCUGCCAGUUCUUGCAUUAAUCACUGUGCUUAAUUUAUGAAUUAGCUUAUGACGAAAGAGGAUCAGAACGCUCUCAUAAAUUACAUAAACAGAACAGGGAACAAAGCCAAAUGGACUAUUGAAAUGACACAGCAUGACAAUUAUUAGCUUCUUUUGUCUCAUUAAACCACACUUGCACAAAUAGGAUCGUAGACAACUGUGGCUCUCAGCAAACACACUGCCUAUUUUUAACAAUACAUUUAAAAUGUAUUGUUAAGUAUGGCAUGAUAGUAUUCUGAGAGCCAUUAUGGAUCUGAACAUGCUUUCAGAAUUCUAUCACAGUAUACAUGAUAGCCCAUUAGGUGUUGCAUAUUGCUAACAUCUUUCCCUGUGCUUUUCAUGCAAAAGUGCUUUAUGCCUCUCCUCCUGCUACUGACAAGUUUACUGCAGUGGAGCUGCAGUGACAUACAGUGGUUGAACUAGUUAGUCACAACUGCUUAAAAUAAGAUGUUUCAUACGAUUCUGAAAAAGACUAAAACAAGGUCCCAGUUUCUCUUCAUAAUUGAGAUGUAACAUGCUUAAAGUAUUCGGAAUUCUAAAAAAAUUGGGUAAUUUCAGAGAGAGAGAGAGAGAGAGAGAUUGAGAUCAUAUCGAAGAGAAGAACAUGCAUGUUUAUACUAGUAAUAUGAUAUGCAGAUUAUAUGUUGCUUAGCUGUUUAAAUGCUCACCUUUUCAUUUCCCCCACCCCAUCCCCACAAAGUCCAGACUAUAGUAACCCACUUGGCAAGUCUCCCAAGGUCAGUGAUGACACAAAUUUCAGAAGCCAUCGCAAUGAAGAGCCAUUCUUUGGGUUUGUGAAUAACAUAUUAGAGGCUACCCCUGGUGAAAGCUCUGGACCCAUUGCAGCUUUCUUUGAAGAGGAGAAACAGCAGUUUCCAACUGCUCCUUCUUCCGAUUCCAGCCAUUCUUUUGGUAACAAAAGCAUCAUCGACCAGCUGUUUACUGAUUCAGCUAAUGCAAAUGAAAUAUCCAGAAUGCCUAGUCCUUACGAUAUGGAAGAAAUGCACCAGAUGUCAAGUGGUGCUCACAGGUGCCCUGCUGAAAGAGACCUCAGAGGCAUUUUCACAGCUCCAGAGCAGAUUUUCUUCCCAAACAGCCAGAACUUAAAUGCAAGUACCCAGGAGUCCAUUAAUCAGCCAAGAGAUUACAGUAUUCAAGAACGAAAGCCUGUAAUGUUUUCUGAACAGCAAGAGAAUGCUAAAAACUUUGGAAAUACGGGUAAAUGUCUGUGAUGGAAGAAGUGGGUAAAGACAGUGUAGAGGCCUUCUCAUAUUUAAGGAGCCCAAUAAUACAAUUAGCAAAAUGUCCUUUUGUUAAUAUAAGUGCUUCAUAUGAGGGUCUAUAUAUCAAAGGGACCUCUUGAGGUCCUAUAUAUUGAAGGGGAUACACACAGAUGCACUGCACUCACCGUAGGGUGCUAUUGGUAUAGACAAUAUCUCUUACACACUGCUUUCUUUUUCUGCAUGUAAGGGAAUGGCAGCCAUUCACUUGUCUGGGAGAAAUUAGAGGGAAGGGUUGGGUGCUGAAGUUGCAUCUUACUAGGUCCAGAAUCCCAACUGAGAAACAAUAUUUGCUUUCUCUCUAAUGUAUUUGCAUUGCAUCCCACUUAACUUUAUCCCAUAUUACUGCAUGGAUUCCAUCAAGAAAGAGGACAGAGCCAACCUCUAUGCAAAGUCCCACUUGUUCACUUGCACUUCCUUGUACAGAAUACUUCUUGGCUUUUAAGCUUAUUACCAAUACCCUUGUCUUUUAAAAUAAGUUACCAAUAUCAUCAUUAUAUGUGCAGUGCAUUGGCUUCCUGCCAAAUUUGGAAGUGGAUUAACAGCAUACAUAACUGUUUUUGUCAUGGAGCUAUGGGGAGAUGCAGCAACAAUGAUCACUGCUGGUUAUCUGGUUGCAUUUAGAAUUAGAUUACAAAGAGACAUAUUGAUCCAGAAUUCUAUGUGUGUAUAUGAAGCUUCUAUACAAGUGGCAUUCCCGUUCAUUUCCAUGGAGGAAGUCAGUGAGCGAAUGGAUUCCCAUUAAAAUUAAUGGAGAAAUUGUUGCAGGGAAAGUGUUCAUUAAGAUUCUCCACACCUAAAACACAUCACAUCACAUAUGUGGGGUACAUACUUGGUUGUUGCUUUUUUUGUUUUGUUUUUUAAAUAGCUUUAAUAAAUGGUUAUUAAGUAAGCCCCACGGAGAGCCUCAAGGUCCAUAAAUAGCAACACCCUAGUGGUCCCGGGCCCCAAGGAAGUUAGAUUAGCUUCAACCAGAGCCAGGGCCUUUUCAACUCUGGCUCCGGCCUGGUGGAACGCUCUGCCUCAUGAGACCAGGGCCCUGCAGGAUCUGAUUUCUUUCCGCAGGGCCUGUAAAACAGAGUUGUUCCGCCUGGCCUUCGGCUUGGAGCCAAUUUGAUUCCCUCCCUCUCUUUCUUUUUUCUUUUCCUUCUCCUCCUGCAAUGAGGCUACCUUUUAAUAUUUUAAUAUUUUAAUGUUUCAAUAUUUUAAUGUUGUAUUUUAAUUUUGUUUUUAAGUUGUAAUCAUUCAAUUUGUUUUUAUUAUUGCUUGUAAGCCACUCUGAGCCUGGCCUUGGCUGGGGAGGGCAGGGUAUAAAUAAAAAUUAUUAUUAUUAUUAUUAUGGACGUAUCUGAAGUUAUAUUUUAUAACUUUUUUAUUUUCAGUGGGAUUUGAAAGCCAAAAGAGAAAUAUCAAGGUAGCAGACAGCAUGCAAAAUCGCUUAGAGAAAAGGUAAGUCUUUGAAGCUGUCAGGGAACUGCCAUUGGCUCAGGGGGGAGAGGGGAAAAGCCGGAUGGAUUACAGAGAGCCCCCAAAGAUCAUGGGGAGCAGCUCCUCCUCAGCGGAGGAGAGUAACCACGCCUCCAGUGGAGAGGAGCUUCAGGGCUCGGAGGAGGCGAGGCGGUGCCAGGACACCUUGCCUGGGCAAAGCAGGGAGGAGAGGGGUCCUCCGUUACCCACGCCCUCCUUGAGCAGUAAGCUUUCGCGCCGAGAGCGGAGGCGCAGACUGGGUGUCAAGAAACUACUUUGCUGGGGAAGGUUUAAGGACCGCCCACUCACGGAUUCUGCCAGUGAAUGAGCCAGCCACGGGAGAGUGGCGCUCUGGACGGAUAAAGUUUAUUUUGGCAUCAAAAGCAGGGCUUCACAGCCGAGCAGGGAGGCAUUUGCCUGCUUGCUCUCGAGCAACCCCUUGGAACCCUAACAGAAGCAUUUGUGCUUCAUUUAACCCAGCAUGGUUUACCUCGCCUGGGCCAGUUCACUCCCACGGAGAUUACUCUGUGGGCUGGAUUGAGUCUGUGCAGACACGAUUUCUGGCACCGCGGAACUGAGUCCCCGCUUUGUGCCGGUUUAGCGCAACGAGAGGGGAAUCACUGAGCGGGUGGCUCGGUUUGGGGGCGGUUCAUCGGCCAUUUAAAUGACCCCCGUGGGCCGCUUGUGGCCCAUGGGCUGCAGGUUGUCGACCCCUGAUUUAUUUUUAUUUAUUUUUAUUAAAAUAAUUUUUAUUAACCGACCAAUCACAUCAAAUCAAACCAAAUUACAUAAAUUCCAAAUUACAAAGCCGAAUUUUAAAUUUUUGUUGGGGGUACCCAUAUUUCAAGUUCCGAAGGGGAUCCAAUCAUCUUCUUGCUGCUGCUUUAAUGUCCACAAAUCUGUCCAUAUGAUGUUCACUAUACUGUCCAGUCCUUUCUUAUUGUUUUCCACAUCUCCUCUUGUUAUUCUCAUAUAUUUUUCCUUUCUCUUUGUGACCUCUGAUGCUCUCCAAAGUGGGUUAAAGCAAGUUGUAAUGCUGUGUGGAUAUUUUUAUUCAUCCAAGAAUCAUAUUCAGACGGCUUCCGUAUAUCAUCACUUCCAUAAAUAAAAACAGUCUUUACCGUCGUUAAUCUUCACAAGUCUGUCGCCUUUAUCCAACCUCUGAGGAGGUUCGCCAGGAAUGCAGUCCGAAAACAAAUCCAUUCCUCCUCCCGGUUGCAAAUCCUUCGACAAAGCCUGGCAAGAUGGCGACUGUUUUUAUUGCUGCGUCACUCCAAAAGCUCUUAUUCUUUACUCAAUCUCCAUAAAACAUACUUUUGGUUAAAGUUCAUUUCCACACAGUCCUUAAACAUCCUGCUUAGGUCAGUUAGCCUACGGAUCCAGUAUGAGGAGGGGUUCUUGGUUAAUCACAUAGAAGAAAAGAAAAAAAGUCCCCCCCCCAUCCACUCCCGCUACCGACAUACCCAGCCUUUAAUAUGUCUUCUCCAUGAAAUAUUCCUGUUGCUCCGACCCGUCGCUCUUCUUUCACAGAGGUCCCUUCAGUUAGUAGUCUUCACUCCCCUUCUUCACUUGAAAUAUGUGCAUUUGCUUCUUCCAAAUUAAUUAUUACAAAUUGCUGCAGCUAGUGGUGCGAUCAGGGACAGCGUCGAGGAGAGCCGGAGUCCACACAAGGGCAUUCUGCCUAGUGCCCUCACCCCCUUCUUUCGAAUCUGGGGAUGAUUUAUGGGCACAGCAGGCAAGGGCAGUGUUCCCCAUAUCCUUGGGGCAACAAGGGAGGCUGCAUACUCCCAUAACAGCCUCUUAAUUACCUCGUGUGGGCCAGAGAGAUGUUAUUGUCAGCCAUCUUCCAAUGCGCCCCUAGUGGCCUCCCGUCGACCCCUGAUUUAACCUUUAAAGUAGUGAUAUGGUGCCUAGUGCAUAUAUGCAAGUAUGUCUGUUGUGACAAUCUCUAUAGCAGUCUGACUCUCCAGUUUCAGUGUCCGAUUCAAUGUGUGCAUUUUUAAAAGCCAUUUGAUAAAGCCACCAUGGCCAGAAAAUAGUUUUAUGAUCCACAUCUGUCAGCUUGCACACCACAGGUUAGCGGUAACCAACACGGUCCCCUCCAUAUCUGGUGGACUACAAGCACCAUAAUCAUUGACUCUUGGCUAUGCUGCCUGGGACUGAUGGAAGCUGAAGUCAGACAAUGUCUGGAGGGCAACAUGUUGGUUACCCCUGCCAAAGUCUGAGGUAAAGGGUAUAAUCCAUGAUAGCAGUUAAUUAGUGAUAGCUGCUGUUCAGCAAAGUAUCAUAGAUGUUUACGUACUUACUGCAGUUUCUCAAAGUAAGUCACUGUGCAGUUGCCCUGAGGCCUAAGAGUUUUAAAUUAAUCUGAAUGACAAAAGGACAUACCAGCAUAUCACACCAAAGGUUAGGCUGGUGUUUGUGUUACAUCAGAUGAUCCCAUGCUAUCACUCCAUUUCAGGUUGCAAGAUACCUCACACUCCUUCCCCAACUUUGUUUCCUAACAAAAAUGGUUGUGUUGGGAAAUACAGCGAUACCUGUUGAAUGUUUAGCAGUUACUAUUGAGCAAGGAAACCUACUGCCUAUUGCAUGCAAUUAUUAUGGAACAAAGAUCAAGGCUGAGCAUAUGCCUUAUUUUAGAAUUACAGUCUUUGGCCCCAUUAGGCUAAUGUUUUAAAUUAUAAUGCAUCUUAUUCCUCUUCUACUGUUACAGUGUGGCAUAGAACAGGCGCUUUCAGAUCAGGAGCCCAGUGUUAGAUCUCCACUAUUCAAAAGGGUAUAAACUAUUCAGUUAACACUAUAGUUUAAUUAUAGCUACCAUAACAUACCAAAACACCACUAGCAAUGUUAGUUUUAGUUUGGUGAUCAGGGACUGAAACUGCGAUGGAAGUGACUCCCCUCUCCCGAUAUUUUGCAGCAGGAUGGCUGGAUGGGCAGAACAUAAUCUGAGUAACUUGCAGAUAUUUGGACUUGAACAGGUAAAAGCUCUGUAUGAUUUGCAUUGUGUAUAAAAGGAAGCAGCUCGAGUAGAAUAUGGCAUGUUUUCAGUGCUACUUAUGAUCUGAACAUAGAAUUAUUUUAUGCUGUGUGCCCUCUGGUGCUGAAACCUGGCAUCUUGAGCACUUUUCUCAUUAUAUGAGGAAAGGAAGUCUCUUCCAAUGAGCUUAGGUUGGGCUCUUGACUAUUCCUUAAUUGUCUGAAUAUUGGUUGGUGGGGUACACCAAAUUGCAAGCAAAAUUCUUUAGGGGUAUGUUUUGAAGAGUAAAUUUUCAAAAAUGCUCCAGGUUAGCAGUGCUACUUAGAGGAGCACGACUCACAUUUGUUUCAAACACUGCAUUUCAUGCCACUGUACUGAGAGUUUGUGCAAACAGACACAUCAUGAUGCGAACUAAACUGGGAAUCAGAAUUGAUUGUGGGUAGAGCUGAGGAGAAUGCAAUAAAGAAAGCAGGGACAAAGUGAUGGAAUAUUACAGCUGAGAAUGUAGAUAGCAAUAUAGGUAGCAGGCAAGCAGGUAAAUACUACGGAACUCCAGGACAGGAUAGCAUCAUGCAGGUUGUUUCCCCGCCCCCUAACCUGACAUCCACCAUACCUCUGUGGGCAUGGUGAAAUGAACACAGUGACUUGUGUUUUCUUAAUGACACAUGGACAGAGUAACUCGCUGUAGGGUUUCCAUUUUUGUUGGCCAACCCACAUUCGUUGUCACAUCUAGAUCAGCCUAUAGAAUCAGCCCUUAAGAAUUCGGUGGGAGCAAAAGGCUGAGGAGUGAAAAAGAGAGAUCAGUAUUUCCUAUGCUGGGAUAGCUCACUCAGUAGAGCAUGAGACUCUUAAUCUCACGGUCAUGGGUUUGGGCUCCACGUUGGGCAAAAUAUUCUUGCAUUGCAGGGGUUGGAUUUGAUGGCCCCAUGGGCACUUCCAACUAUAUGAUUCCAUGGCAGCUCUUUGCUCCUUCUUUUCUAGCUCUGCUAUAAUGUCAAAACAAUUAUUAAAGUUAGUAUAAUUUGAAAUUAGUAUGACAAAUGCCUUUAUUAUUAUGGGUAGCUUUUACUUGGGUUACCUUGGAGUGGAAUUUUGAUUUUCUUCAAGUAUAAAAUUGACAGCCCUUUCUAUAGAUUACCUGAUAUGGCAAGCAUCAAGACCUUGACAUUUUAGUUGUUUUCUCAAACUCAGUAUGACAAAAUGUUAGGUUCUGUAUAGAGAAUGGCAUUAGUAUGUUGGCAACUGACUUGUUUUUGAGAGUAUGAUUCAGCUGUUAAGGGGGAGUUAAUUAUGAAGUGGGAAACUAUUACUAACCCAAAGAGGACUGGCUAAUUGCCACUCAUCACUCCUGUGGAAAGUGGGCAAAUUCCCAAGGAUUUAUAUCAGAUAUGAAGGUUGUGAUGAGGAGAAACAGUAUUUGAUUUUCCUGAAGUGUUUUAUUAAUUAAUUUGUCUGUUUUAUUUAUUCAUUAAAUCUAUAUCCCAAAGGGGGUAUCCUCCCAAAGGGGCCCAUACUUUCUAGGUCAUCUUUCAGGGUUACCCCUUCUAAGGCAGCUUCCAACAUAUUGAAACAAAGCACAUUACAACAACAAAAGCAUAGCAUAAAACACCACACGGCUCAUCUCAAAUGUGUGUGACAAGAGAGAGCCUAUGUGCUGCACACGAUACACUCAAGUGUUACCCUUCCCUAUCAGUUCAGCGCUUAUUUCUCUUGUGUGUGUGUGAUAAGGGAAAAGCUGAAAUAUUAGAGACUGUUCUCAUUCUGCAGUGGACCCGUUGCCUGCCAUUCCCCCAAACUGUUCUCAAUAAAUCUGAGGGCCACACCCCUAGAGUACAUAUGGAGAAAAGAGCUAGAUCACUGUAGAAGCAGAACUUGGGAAGAUCAAAUCAACUUGGUUCAGGCAGUGGAGGUGCACAGAUGAAGGGCGAGAUGAUUCUCCUAAUCAUACUCUCCAUUUUUAAUAGCAUCAGAUGUUGAAUAAACUCAUUUGUCUCAUCUGGUGGUGAAAAGAUAACUUACCCGGUUCAGACCAGGACAGAGGAACGGCCUAGAAUGAUGGAGAUGCAGGAGAAAACUCACCAGACUUGCCAAUGGCAGCACUCAAUAGGAUGCGGGAACAAACUCCUGCAAAGAAGAGCCUCACUUUCCCCAUUUCAUUUCAGCAAGCUGUGUUUGUGCAUGAACGAGAAGCUACAGUGCUUUUGUCUCAGGGUGCAAUCUGGGGGAUGCCUAUAGUCCAGCCCUCUACAAACAGUAGUUGUAGCAAUAACAAUGAAGCACAAGACUCCCCAUCUGCAGCUUCAGGUGAGGGAAGGUCCUUAGGUCAACUUGGCUUGACAGGUGUCGCCUUUAACUCUUCCUUCCCACCAGACUUAGCAAUAGCAGAAAUUGUGAAGCCUAUGAAGAAAGUGUAGGAGGCCUGGUUGCUUAUACUGAAUGACCUCUUCUAUGUAGAGUCAGUGUUGUGCAGCAGUCUCAUGAGUGAAUAUCUACACCUUGUCAAGUCAUUUAGCAAAGGUCCAGUGGUCUAGUUGCUAUGAAGACAGAUAAUGACCUAGUAAUCUUUCUUUAUGUAAAAGGCAAGUUAUGUCCAUUUUCCUGGGUUAACUUCGAAGCUCAUGGUUUGAGUUCAUGGUAGAAAUAGGAGAAUGUGAGCUGCUUAGUGCAAUAUUAUUGGAAUGACUGGUCCACAAUUUGUGGGAUUUGCCUUAAAUAGAAUUGAGGAACUCAAAGUAAAAUGUACAGUAAAUGAAGUUAGUCUAACAUCUUUAUUUUUUAAAAAAAAACCAACAACAACAACAACCCGAGAAAGGAAGCCUGCAAUUACUAUGAUCAGCACUCAAAGCAUGGAAAACAAAAAGGUUAGUACUAAUUUCAGAUUCCUUAGUUUUCUUAAUGGUCAAGAAGAACAGAACACAUGUUCAAGUCUGAGUAUCUCACCUAAUGAGUUCUUAUGUAGCUUUAACUCUUCUUAAAUAGGUAAACCACUGUUGAUGGACCUGUUGAUGGCAUUUUACCAUUGUAAUGUGGAGAGUGUAUUAACUUAUGGUCUGUGUGUGUGGUUUGGGAGCUGCAUGGCCAGGGAAAAAACAAUGCUAUCCAGGGUUGUAAAGACUGCAGAGAGAAUAAUUGGGUGCACUCUUCCCACCUUAGAUCAAAUCUAUGCUGUCAGGUGCCAUAAGAAAGCUGCAGAGAUAGUGCAGGAUAGUGCACACCCCGGAAAUGAUCUCUUUCAGCUUCUGCCUUCUGGAAGAAGGUAUAGGGUUAUAAAUACCAGGACUAGCCGCCUGAGAAACAGUUUCUACGCAAAUGCAAUUCUGGUUCUAAACGCAGCAUAAGUCUCUAUAGUAUAUUGUAUUUUAAAAUGGGGUUUCAGAGUUUUUAGGGGUUUUUGAAUGUUUUAUGUAGAUUUUCAAUUUCAUUGUUCUGUAUGGGACAAUGACAAUAAAGAUAUCGUAUAAACCACUGGGCGGAACAAGCCUAUGAGGGUGAGGAGGGAGAAUCUGUGGUGGAAGAUAUCACCCAGUCCAAAGCCAUAUGGGGCUCUUGACAACAGAGCAAAAUAAGUGUCCUUUAAUUUCCUCCUUCCCACUGUCCCUUGCCACUUAGUCAUUUUCAUAUUUUAAAAAAUGUUUCCCUCCCAUUGGUUCUAAAACAUGGGGAAAUUAGACAACAUUCUUUUAGAAAAGUUUGCUAGUGCUUAGAAUUUUGAGAUAUAUAUUGUUUCAGAUGAAGAAUCUCAGCUAAGCAACCAGUCACCUAGUUAUUCUCCAAACCGAACAGAGAGCUAUGCCACUACUACAUCUGCUGAGGUAAAGUGAGGCAAAUAUUGCCAUAACUGAGUUUACACAAGCUUAUCCAAGUGUCUGGGAAUAAGCAGGGGUGCCAAUGGUUUUUGUUUUGUUUUGUUUUUUACCCCAGUACAAUGUAUAUAUUUAUGAGCAGGGUUGAAUGCAGCAGGUCACAUAAACACCAAAAACCAUUCCUAUAUGACAUUAACUAUAAUGAUGAUUCCCUGGACCCAGACGUGCACAAUUAAACUGACAAUUCUGUUUCAACAGUCUGAAGAGGAAGAGCAGGAUGGAAGAGCAUUGUCUUACUUUGAGAACUCUUUUGCAAGAAAUGAUGGCAAUCCACUUCCACUUUCAGGAAAUCAAAAGCUGCAGUGCAGUUGCCAGUCAAUGGCCAUGUAUUCCAUUUUCCUCGACAAGAAAACAACUGACAUUCACCCCCAGGCAAAACCAGCCAGGCCCCUGAAGAAAGAUAUGUUGCACAGAGCUCAAACACACAGAUCGUGUGAAAAUAAACAUGCUAAUUUCAAGGCGCAGCUCAACGCUUGGUCGCAAACAGAGACCCGUGCUGAAGAAGUAGAAAAAUCUGACGCAGCCGUGCAAUGCAAUAUAAUGCAGGCUUGCAGCUGUAAUAACGUGCCAUCCUCUGUCCAUAGUGCUGAAAUCACCACUUCCGCCAGCAAGGUAGAGACCACUGGAGGGCAGAACAUUCCUGCAGAUGAAAGCUGAAGCGCUGCUCUGAGAAGCACCCAUUCGUUGAGAGUUAAGAGUUUGUCUCUUGAAACAGUACAUGGCAAAAUAAACUUAGGCAUUCUGGAUUACAGUAAUAAAGGGGAGGCGUGUGAUUAAAUAAAGAAGUCAUAUCAAAUCAAUCUAUAUGCUUAUUAGCUGUUUAAUAAAUAUGGGUGUUUUGACCAAUUUAUUCUUUUUAAAGAAUGUGGACACACAUAUUUGUCCUGCUCAGACACAGUUAAAUCCCUUGGCCAUGAUCAAACAUAGGGUUAAAUGUAUACUACAGUGAUUGUAACAGGCUUAAGCAUGGUUAAUUUAGUGUUAAUUGGAGCCAGUUUAAAUAAGGUGUGUUGCGUUGGGUGGCGACCUCUUUUGCACAGCUGUUUGCUCCUCCCCCCCCCCAAAAAAAUCAGUAUAUCCUUCUGUAGUAUACACAACUGAUAAGAACACAUUAUGGUAAAAGAAAUGUCUGUCUGUUCUCAUUCUGCCUUUUUCUUCUCAAAGGCAAUGGACCAAUUCAGAGGUAACAAGUUGCUUGGACAAACCAUGGUUUGUUGGUAGAUGAACAAGCUUGAACAAGCCCUCCUCUACCCCAUCCCUCAACCUCCUCCAUGUGUGCUCAGCUGCAGAAAAAAACUUACAGGUUUCUUAAACCAUAUUUGCCUGUGAUCUCCAAACUGGAGAACUGCGGUUUAAGCACUGACUACAACCAGAAUUAGUUUGCAGUGCUGGUUGGGGGGCAGCACUUAAAACACAGUUUCUGGGUUUAUAUUCAAAAACUGUGGUUUAUAAAACUGGGUUUCCUCUGUAGCUGACUGUGCAAAAGGAAGAGGAAUGGAAAGCGACAGGAUAGGGCAAGCUUGUUGCUUCUUCAUGUGCCAAGAAAACUGGUGGCUUGGAAAAGGCCCCUUACAUCUGAAUAGGAUCGUGGAAAAGGGAGUCUUUAUAUAGAACCAAUUGUUUCCACCUCUGUUGUCAACACACAAAAUACUCUUUUCAUUAUCUGCAUUAGAAAUUGCUGAACAGGAACAUAGAAAUUCAUUGUGCAAUUAGAACUGUUAACCAAAGUUACUUCAUUGUAAUCUGCUAUUGCAUAAACAUUAUGAAUGGUAGUAUAUAAAAUAAAAAACAUAUUCCAAAACAUCAUUUCUC